UCCCAACAGCAGCCGCUAGAGGGCGCUGUUUCGCUGUUUAUCCCUCAGAGGAAACAUCGCGCCUGCUUCCUGUUUUUGCUUUUGUAUUAUCAGAAACUUGGCGUGUUUGCUUUCAUACUAAUAUUCAAGCAAAAAUACGUUAAAACCGUACCUGUUAUUCACGAAUACCUGAUGUUUUCGCCUUAGAGGUGGAGACUGGAAGCGGGGCGGUUCCGCUCAGUUCCUCAGGAAGUUGCUCAAUAUCGGAAAAACACAUCUUACUUGAGCAACCAUUCACUUCACCGUUUGUUCUGUUUCGUUUAUAUUUGUGUUGCUGUUUUUUUUUCUAUGGGUGCCCAUACUUGAGGCCAAUUUACAGUCGUACACGUACCCGUGUUGACAUGGCGUUCGGAUAAAACACUAAGUCAGGAAUCGUGAAACAUUUGUAACAUCAUGGACAGUUCAGUGACUUCCGGUACUUACAUUCGCAACAUUAGUUAUGGUUUACGCCGCAGGUUGUCCGACUUUUUGGACCAUCAAGACAUGUGGAAACAUGUAGUCGUGUCCAUACGGAAGCCGACCGGGGGGCCGAGGUACUCUCACCAACAUGUCAAGAGAUUUGAAUGUCUCCUUGCUCAGGGCAAGAGUCCCACAGUGGAGCUGUUAAACGACUGGGGGACCACCAACAGCACAGUGGGGGAACUGGUGGACAUUUUAAGGAGUCACAGUUUAAUGGCUGCGGCUGAUAUCCUGCUGCCUGAACAACCAUUGUCAGCAGAGGCUCGGCAGGCCUGUUAUGCAGCAGCAGGCCCAGCGCCUCCGACCAGACUGAUAGGGCAGGAGGAGACGGAGCCUCCAGCUGCCAGCUCCUCCCAGCAGACGCAACCUUUGGAGGAGAACACUGAAGCAGGACACACAGGCAGCUUCUCCAGUUUCCAGUACAGCUGGAACUUUGACAACCGUCCCACCUCGGACGGCGGCAGCCGUAUCGGAGAGGGAGGCUUCGGAAUAGUCUAUAAAGGAUUCCUGAACAACAAACCUGUCGCGGUGAAAAAGCUCAACCCGAUGGCCGACAUGCCUCUGGACAAGCUGCAAGUGCAGUUUAACCAGGAGAUCCAAACACUGAAAGUGUUAAAGCACGAGAACCUGGUGGACAUGAUCGGGUUUUCCUGUGAGGAGCAGCACCUUUGUAUCGUGUACGACUUCAUGGCAAAUGGAUCUCUGCUGGAUCGCCUCGCCUGCCUUGUAGGUUCCGCUCCGACAGUUCCCUCCUGCCAGAACCCGAACUCUAACCUGGAGGAUUUAAUUCUGUGUUUUUCCUCCCUGAAGGACAGAACCCCCCCUCUCAGUUGGGAGCAGAGAUGCUCGAUAGCGGAAGGAACCGCCAGAGGUUUGGAGUAUCUGCACGGCAACCACCACGUCCACAGAGACGUCAAAAGCGCCAACAUCCUGUUGGACGGCGGGUUUGUGGCGAAGGUGUCUGACUUCGGGCUGACCAGGGCGUCGGCCGAGAACACCUCGGCCACCAUGAUGACCGAGAGGAUCGUGGGCACCCGGGCGUACAUGGCGCCCGAAGCAUUGCUGGGACAGGUCACCCCCAAAUCCGACGUGUUCAGCUUCGGAGUGGUGCUGCUAGAAAUAUUGUCAGGACUCCCGCCAGCUGAUGAAAACCAGGGGUUUUUGAUUGAACAGAGGUAUGACAUCGAUGAUGAGGACGAGGACCUGACUCUGGAGGACUUUGUGGAUAAGAAGAUGAGCGACUGGGAGAUGAGCCAGGUGGAGAGCAUCUACUGCCUGGCCUCCAACUGCCUCCACAACAGAAAAAACCGACGGCCGGUCAUCGGACAGGUCCUCUCAGAGAUCCACAGUGUGGUCAAAAGCAUUUCAGUGGAUGCUAGAGGAUGAAAGAGAAGCUCCCCGUUACUCAGCCUGCAGUGACUGAACAAAUUCACCUCCUUCCGGCCACUUUUGAGUAAAUAAUUAACUCAUUGACUGAGAUUCAAGCGUCCGUAUCUGAAUUCUUUUCGAAAGGUUUGCAGCUUCAACCUUUUCACACCUUUUUUUUCAGUAUUUUGUUUUUUAUCACCCAAACUCUGUACAAUGCUGCAAUGUCUGGAAGUGUUUAUUGUAUUUAUUGGGAAGGAACGUAAUAAAACACAAAUGUGAUUUAAAUA